UUUAUUCGCGGUUGCUGUGGUUUCCAAGGGGAGGUUCAUUUCCUGCAUUCCUAUCAUACUCCCAGAAUGAGCGAGAGCAGAUUAAUAAUUAUUACCAGCUUUGGUUCCUAAAGGAAGAAGAAGAAACUAGAUGGGGGGGAAAAAAGGAGAGGAGCAAGAAAGAAGCAUGAUUUGUUUUGUUCUGAAGAUUUCUUGAAAGGCUUAAUUUGUGGCUUGACUUGUGGAAGGGACCAAUACACUAACUUGGAGUUUCUCCGUUGAGGAAGGAAGCGAGCUACAGAAUUGCCUUCCAGUUGCAAUUGUUAUGUGCAACAUUCCAUCUUGUUCAGGGAAGACUGGUGGUGGCGGGGGGGGGCGGCGAGGAAUUGCGCUGUAGCCAAAGAUUGUUUCAAAGAAACAGCCGGCAACGUGCCUGGCAGGAUAUGUCUCUACGUGGCGAUAUGGGAGCAAUGAUCGCAAAACGCCAGCCCGACCGUUUGCAAUAUUGAGAAAGCUCUGGAGUAGAGUCAUUGGGUGUAAAGGGUCUUGGUGAUCAGCUGUCUAUCCUACAAGGAGCCAGGAGUCCAUUUGAACAAGAUGCCAUUUACUUGGAGGAACACAGCCAGUUACUGCACAGGCAUGAGCUCUCCACGAUAGCUGAGGAGGACAUUGGAAAGAGUGAAACAGAAACAGGCAAGGCUCACUUUGAUGUCAACCAUCUGCAAGACAUUCACAGAACACACGGGCUUGAGAUGAGAAAUUCAGAAGAAGGAGCAAGUGGGACAGUUCUACAGCGUUUGUUGCAAGAGCAGCUUCGAUAUGGAAACCCCACUGAGAAUCGAAACCUUCUUGCCUUGCACCAGCAGGCAACAGUAAAUGUCAUCGCCUACAACAGUAAUGGGUCUGUAGUACUUCCAAAUGAUGGCCUGACACAAGAUGAGCGUCAAAUGGUCCCACAUUCUGCACGACAGGAACCCCAGGGCCAGGAGCUACAAGUUGACAAUAGUGUUAUGGAGAAGCAGCUGCAGACCCGAGCAGCACAGAAUAGCGAGGAACUGCCAACUUAUGAAGAAGCGAAGGUCCAAUCGCAGUUUUUCAGAGGACAGCAGCAUACAGCAGCGGGAACUGCUUUCUUUGUUACUGGAAUAAAUAACCAGAAAAUGAGAACUGAAGGACGGUCCACAGUCCAGAGGGUGGGUACUGGAAAGGUUCACCAAGAUGAUGGACUUAAAGACUUGAAACAAGGUCAUGUCCGCUCUCUGAGUGAACGACUUAUGCAACUCUCCUUAGCUACAAGUGGUGUCAAAGCACAGUCCUCAGUUGCAAGUAGUGUAAUUUCGUCCCAACAGGCAAACGAAUUCUACACACAUGCUGGGCAUGUUUUGUCUCAGACAUCCAUGAAAGGCAUAGACCCUCGGGGGCCUCCACCAGAAUAUCCAUAUAAAAAUAUGUCAACGUUACCAGUUACUUCCAAGGCUCAGGAUUAUGGAAAUUUCUACAGUGACUUUAGAAUGGGAAUGACGACUGAGAUAUUAAAACCUGUCCCAAACUCGCAACACGUCAAGCCAGACGCUCCUGUUAUGAGGUACCAGCCACCUCCUGAGUAUGGAGCUGCCAGGCAAACUCAAGAGGGGGCGAUACAUCAGUUGCAGUUACAACAGCGAAUCUAUCAGCAUAGCCCAUCAUCAUCUCAGACAUCAAUGGGAUCUGCGUCUGUAAUGCAGCCACCACCCUCACCAAACCUGGUGGCUGCUCAACCCCAGCAGGUCCCAUUUGCAGGCCACCCGCAUCAGCAGUUCCAGGGAGACCCAUUGGCCAUUGUCUUGCGAGCUCAGCAGAUGGUGGAAAUCUUGUCAGAGGAAAACCGUGCUCUUAGACAGGAGUUAGAGGGAUACUAUGACAAAGUGGCUAAAUUACAGAAGCUGGAGAUGGAAAUUGAGAGGGUUUCAGAAGCUUAUGAAAACCUGGUGAAGUCGUCUUCCAAGAAGGAGGCCUUGGAAAAAGCCAUGCGGAACAAGUUAGAAGGUGAAAUCCGCAGACUUCAUGACUUCAAUCGAGAUCUGAGAGAUCGACUGGAAACUGCUAACAAACAGCUUGCUGUUAAAGAGUGUGAAGGUUCCGAAGACAACCGAAAAACUAUCGCUCAGCUCAUUGGGCAGAAUAAAGAAAAUAUGAGAGAAAAGGAGAAGCUGGAAAUGGAGCUAUCUGCCCUCCGUUCUACCAAUGAGGAUCAGCGAAGACACAUUGAAAUCCGUGAUCAGGCCUUGAACAACACUCAGGGCAAAGUGGUCAAAUUGGAGGAAGAGCUGAAGAGGAAGCAGGUGUAUGUGGACAAAGUGGAAAGAAUGCAGCAGGCUCUGAUCCAGCUCCAGGCAGCAUGUGAGAAACGGGAGCAGCUUGAACAUCGGCUACGAACUAGGCUUGAAAGGGAAUUGGAAUCCCUUCGGAUGCAGCAGCGUCAGGGAACCUCCCAGACAACCAGCGUCCCUGAGUGUAAUGCUACUUCAUUAAUGGAGCUGCUACGUGAGAAGGAGGAGCGAAUCCUUGCCUUGGAGGCUGACAUGACCAAGUGGGAACAGAAGUAUCUGGAAGAAAGCGUGAUGCGGCAGUUUGCAUUGGAUGCUGCAGCUACAGUUGCAGCUCAAAGGGAUACCACGGUUCUAGGCCAUUCUCCAAAUGGUAGCUACGAAACAUCCUUGGAAGCUCGGAUUCAGAAGGAAGAGGAGGAAAUCCUGAUGGCUAAUAGGAGGUGUCUUGACAUGGAAAGCAGGAUUAAAACUCUUCAUGCUCAAAUUAUUGAGAAAGAUGCGAUGAUCAAAGUUCUCCAACAGAGGUCACGGAGGGAACAAGUCAAAACAGAACAGCCAGCUGCUUUAAGACCUUCAAAAUCUCUUGUUUCUAUUUCCAAUGCUACAUCUGGGCUUUCGUCCUAUCCCACACUGCUGUCCAGUAAUCCAAUAAUUGAGGAGAAGAAGGAAGACAGGAGCUGGAAAGGCAGUUUGGGUUUUCUGCUCAGCACAGACAGACAUGAGUCACAUUCUUCCUCCUCUUCCCCAGUACUACCCUCCACACCACUUCUAUCAGCGCAUUCUAAAACAGGAAGCCGGGACAGCAGCACCCAGACAGAAAGAGGUCCUGAGCAUAAUAAAUUGGGCACUACCUCACCAUCGCAAGGAAAGCCAGGCAGUAACAGCCCUGCAAGCAUGGAAAAACCAGACAGCUUUCCUUUGAGCAAUACACUUGACAGGAAAGUUCCCCCUUCUCCAUUUGGGCAGGACCUUGCUGAUAACGAGAUGGUGGAAAUCCUAAUUUGAACUCUUCUCACCUAGGACAAAGUGAGGAGGCAAUAAAGGGAAUUUGAAAUAUGAAACCUGAUCUCCUUGACAUCCUUUGUGGGGGAAAAAAAACAUGAAAGUGGAUCCUCGUUUGUUCCAGGUGAAGUGCAUAUAAAGCUAGAGCACUUCAGGAAGCAGCAAAAUUUGAACUAAAGGAUGUAUAUGUUUUAUAAUCACAUUCUUUAUGAACAAUGUACAUGGAAAGAUAAAUUAUCCACCCAGCCCUUCAUAGAUCAGUAUCAGUAUGAACUCUUUCAAGAAGUAUCUGCACUGCCUUGUACAGUACAUUCCCACUCAAGUCAAUACAUUUACCAUUUAAAAUUGAAGUACUACGUACACAAAAAACAGUAUAUUGAGAAGACAGUUAUGCGUUGGAGUUGCUCUUUGACCAAUAACAUUGUACUAAAGAGGAAUAAAGAGCCUUUGAGGUGGAGGCCAGAGUCGGAUUGAAUCUCAAGUCACUCAAUCCUGGCAAAAAGAUCAGGUUCCCUCCUGUUUUUGUUCAGGAUUACAAAAAACUGGAACACAUAAUUUGAAGGUGGAUGUUUCAAAAACUCUGGAUUGUGUAUGAAGUAGUUCAUUACUAAUUAAAGUUAAAUAUGCCUUCAUGGUCCUCUAGGUCACGUAUGCAGAGACUCUUAAACGAUCACUUACUAUCUGUCCCAGUCCUAAAUUUAAUAGUUCCAGGAUUUCAUCUCCAAUUUUCUCCAUUUUCUGACUGAAGCCACUGUCUUAUACCGACCAUGCGGUUCUGUAGCACUGACAAUCUUCCAGCAUCUCGUCAAAGUGUAUCAUCUUAAAGAAUGAGCCAAAACAGUGUUGGAAGAGCAAUUCAACAGUGAGGACCACGCAGUUGAGCCUAAUUCUUUUGGUACCUGGCAUCUGUGCAUGGGCACUUUCCACACUUACGUCACUGGAUAACAUUCAAGAGCAUGAAUCUUGGCUGAUUUUUUUUCUCCUCCUCCAUAGCAAAUGGAUACCCAGAUUAAUUGUAAAGCUCCCUGAUGUCCCCACCACUGCUUUCCUGACUAAGAUUAACCUGCUCACCACAGGCAACUAUUUCCAGUUUUAAUCAGUCUUGAAAGGCCACCUGAAAUACAGCCCAUGCAUAGUUAUUAUAGACCAGUAUAAACAACUGAUGACAAAAUGCAUGUAGAUCCAGUAUAGCUCCUGGCUAUGUGAUAACCCUCUUCUCCGUCAAAAAAAACGUUCUUCAAAAUGUCAUUCUGCUUUAGCAGUUUGCCUUUUAAGUAUGUAAAUUGUGGGAUCAAUAGAAACAUGUAACAUGCAACCUGUUUCGCAGUGUACCUUAACAAGUGAGGUUCAGACCUGUACCUCCUGUGCACUGUUUACAGGUAAUCUGUUACUUUUACAAUAUCAUCCUGGGAUUCUGAAAAAUUUGUCUAGCUUUAAUAUAUCUUGUAACUUGUACGUUUCCGUCUAUUGGUUAAAAUAUUGUUGUAAACACAACAGACUUCAUUUUACUCGUGCAAGUUCUGGGGUGUCCAUUAUAAUCCAUUUGAGUCCCAAAUACGUGGAAUUUGGUGUAUGCAAUAUAUUUUUGGUGUACAUUUAAUAGACAGGUGUUGUUCCGCAGGUAUAACCAGAUCAUAAAGAAGCUUUAUGCUUUGCUUAAUCGAUCUGCAUUCAAACCUUUUAUAAUUUGUGGGUAUUAUGAUAGCUUGGUAAUCUGGAAAAUAAAAUAGCAACAUGGUUUGCGGCCUUGUGAACAGUUUUAUUGAGCAUGCUGUUACCAGUGUGUUACAGAUAAAAUAAAAUGUACUCGGGUCAGAUGCACCCACUGCCAAUACCAUUACUGCCAUUAGUGAUAGACCUAUAACCAUAAUAAUUCGCUCUGGUGUUGUAUAGCUCAAAAUAAUUUGCAAGGGCAAAAACAAUAAUGAGCUACUGGACAUUUUUGAGUUUGUGGACAUAUAAUGAAAAUUUCGUAUGCCCAUCAUUAAGUUUUGCUAAAAUAUUGCAAUGACACAAAUUGCUCCAUUUAAAAUUUAUCUUCUCCCUCCUGUUUAGGUUGUUUUAUGGCUCCUCCUCUCAUUCAGUGCCAUUUACUGGGUGAAAUAGCAGAUAGGAGCCCUGAGUCCAGUCCCUUUAAUGCUGGUCCAGAGUUGGCUUGGAACUGGGUGACCAGAGGAGCUUGUAGAAUGUGGGUGUAGAGUGGACAUUCUUAAUUGUCUGUCACAUUCGUGUGAAAAUGUGGACCACUUCUACUUGCCAACAUUGUUGCUAAAAUAUCUGUGCUCAUAAUAAAUCACUGGAGGGUGAAUGUACAUUCUUUUUAUGUAAAAAUUGAAUUAAUUAGUUUUGACUAAUUAAUCAUUUCCCAGCCAAGUUCUGAGUUUCAAAAUUUUUGAAUAUAUUUCUGUUUGUGCAAGAAAUGUUUAUACCUAAUGUAGAUUUAUCUAAUUUAUAUCACAGUUGUGACUUGAUAUCUUUUAGUACACAAGUUAGUGACUGGUUCAGUAGUAAUGUUACGCCUGGAAUAUAACGAAAAUGCUGCUAUGUAACAGUUGUAUCCCUUAAGUACCAAAACCCCACAACAAUGUAUGAGCCUUGUUAAAAGGCUAUAAAAUAGCACAUACCUAGGAAGGUGUUAUAGUUACAAAGCAGAAGUACCUGAAUCUUGGUUCAAUGCUGAGCAUUAAAUCUAGACUGAUAAGGGAUUGCAAUAGAAAUUUCUCAUGCAUAUGUGUGUUAUAGUGUCUUAACCAGUGGUGAUUAAUCCAGCAUAUAUUUAUAGCCAAGGGACACCCAUUUUUACUUUUUGCUGAUGUCAAGUUGAUGGAAAUUGCUGCACUGACUAGCCCAGUGAGAUGGUGAUGUACUCUUUGCUAUUAAAGUGGUGCCCUCUUAUCAGAGCCCAAUUAGUAGAAAAGAAUUAUGUUCAGCAACAGAUGACCAUAUGACGAGCUCAGCCAUAAAUCUUUAAUUAUAAUUUUAGCAAGUUGUGCAUACAAUUUAUAUAAAGAGUUUGCUUUUAAGAAGCCAGUUUCAAGCUAAAGAAAAACAAAACACUGCGGAUGCUGGAGAUAUGAAAUUAAAAACAAAGUGCUGGAAAAAACCUCAGCAGGUCUGGCAGCAUCUGUGGAAAGAGAAACGGAGUUAAUGUUUGGAGUUCAAUACGACUCCUCUUCGGAACUGUCCAGACUAAACAAACUCAGCUGUGCAAAUAAUAAAUGAGAUGCACAAGCUGGAAAUGGAAUUGACUAACGUCAGAAAUUAAUGGAUAACUGGGAGUUAUUUACAUAUCAAAAAUAGUAGUUGUCAAGCUAACCUUCAGAAAGUAACUGUCACCACCUGCAUAUUGGGGCACUAAAACAUAUUUCUUCGAGCGAUAAAGGUAUAUAGUGUACAUAUAUUUAAAUGGUUCUGGUUCUAAAGCCUGGAACAUUGCACUGCACCAUUCUGUCCUGCACAAAAUUAGCAAUGUCUUGUUCAAAUUUGGGAAUAACUUAGUUAAAAAUACCAAGUCAUGACUGUAUAUAGCAUUUCAAAAGCUGAUUUUUAUUCAAGUUUUAAAAUUAGCCUCACUGUAAUGACGAAGCAAGAAUUUUUUUAAAAACCUAGGAAUGGUAAUGGUGCCGAUCUUUAAGAUUUUGAUAUGCAGGCAUUUGGUUACUCAAGUUGUGCACUUAACAAUUAGGAAAUAAAUCUCAUACGUGGUGCCUUUUUUAAAAAAAAAUCAUUUUUACUCUGUUGUAUAUAAUCCAAAACUAUUGUUAGAAUUUUAAAGCUGGCUUUUUGCUCUUAAGUUAAAACCAACUGUAUUUUGUAUUUUCUCAGUUGUAUUGUUUAUUGUAUAUUUAAUAGAAAAGUUUUCUAAAUUGUA